AGGGCUUUUGCUAAAUAUUAGCACGUAUAACUUAUUAAAAUUUCCCCAAUUGUCUGUCUUGUCCAACAAGUCGAACCUCUCAACUCUUUUCUCUCUCAAAAAUUGGUUGAAGAAAUUGUCAGGCAGAGAGAGGAAAAUGAAUUUCGUCAAAUCCAAUUCUCUGUACAAGCUUCGGGCCGCCGGAAACCUCCUCGCCGCGAAAUCCUCGAUCGCCUCUCGCAGCAUCUCCACCGCACAUCCGCCGCUGCUCAAUCAGCCGUCCGCUCGCAGCUCGCCAUCUCAGCUGCCUUCCCCGUACUUCACCACAGUCCGGCACAUACGCAACUCGCGUGACCCCAGCACAAGGUAUGACACCCCGCCCCCAAUAAACUGGGGGAUCCGAAUCGUGCCUGAGAAGAAGGCAUUUGUUGUUGAGCGCUUUGGGAAGUAUGUGAAGACAUUGACACCUGGAAUCCACUUACUGAUUCCUUUGGUCGAUAGGAUUGCUUAUGUUCACUCACUAAAAGAAGAAGCCAUUCCAAUCCCCGACCAGUCUGCUAUUACCAAGGACAAUGUCAGCAUUUUAAUCGACGGGGUCCUCUACGUGAAGGCACGUUUGGAAUUUAGUUAUACAAUAGUGGACCCAAAGUUGGCUUCAUAUGGAGUUGAGAAUCCGUUGUAUGCCGUGAUUCAGCUUGCGCAGACUACUAUGAGAAGUGAGCUGGGUAAGAUCACUCUUGACAAGACUUUUGAGGAAAGGGACACACUCAAUGAGAAGAUUGUGCAUUUUCUGGUGUAUCUUAUUUAUCCUACAAAUCUCAUCUCGGAAUUAGGGGAUAUAUCUCCUCCAAGAGGAGUGAGGGCUGCAAUGGAGAUGCAAGCAGAAGCAGAGCGCAAAAAGAGGGCUCAAGUUUUGGAAUCUGAAGGAGAAAGGCAGGCAAAUAUUAAUAUUGCUGACGGAAAGAAAAACGCUGUGAUCCUUGCAUCAGAAGCCUCAAAGGAAGACCAGGUCAACAGAGCUCUAGGAGAAGCAGAAGCCAUCCUUGCUAGAGCACAAGCUACUGCCAAAGGAAUUACUAUGGUGUCAAAAGCACUCGAAGCAAGUGGAGGCGUGGAGGCAGCAAGUUUAAGAAUUGCCGAGCAAUAUAUUCAGGCCUUCGGCUCGAUUGCAAAGGAGAGUACGACGGUUUUACUUCCCUCCAAUGCCUCCAACCCAGCAAAUAUGAUGGCUCAAGCACUCUCUAUAUACAAGAACAUGAUUGGCAAAAGCCCGAGCAAAGACCCUUCCGAAAUCUCCCAACCGGACCAUGUGAGAAGUGAGGAUUCAUCUUGGGAAUCUAUCUACAAAACUUCCUCAGCCGUUGAACCUGCUGAUCAGGAUAACGAGGGUGAACCCAUUUUUUCUCUGCAAAGCCCCGAGAAGAAUAAGAAAUGAAAAGACGCAUGGAUUAAAAAAAAAGGUGAUUGAAAAUCAUUUUCUGUGCCGCCCUUUAUGUUUUUAAUAACUUUGCCUGCAGUUAGUUUCCUUUGAGAGAGCAUAGAGAUGUGACGGCUUCAGAUUAAAAAGUAGACUCGUGCUUCGUAGCCUAUUUUUCAACUUUUGUAUUUUUUGUUGUUUCAUUAUUUCUGGCAAGAGGACCGACCUUUAUAGAAUGCUAAAUUUGUACGAACCACUUGACUAUAAUCUGUAGGCAGCUCGGUUUUUCUUUCCGAUUGCUUGAAAGUUGCUGUCUACGAAGGCAAAGUGUCAUGAAAAUAGGUGGUUGAUUGAGCGGAGGUGUUUCGACUCAAAUAUGUUCCCUUUUUUUGCCAAAAUAAUUGUAGGAAACAUGGUUCCUUUUAGGUUGGUUUAGUUCAUUGGAUCUAUUGCAUUGGUAUGUUCGAUCCAAUGCCUACAUUGGAUUGUUAUCGGUCGAAUCACACACUUACACAUUGUGAUUCUCACACACACCCAUGUGGAUGUGUGUUUGGUCCAAUGGUAUUUAGUAUUUGGCUAUUAGCUGAAUGGACACUGCCCAAAUGGGUAGGUCUUCCUGUUGUUUUCUUCAAUAUUAUAGUCUACACUACAGCCCUGGCAGUUUUUUAUUUUUUAUUACUUAUUACUCCCUCCAUUUUGAA